AUGGCUCCGCAGCGGCGGGCGCUGCCCCGCGGCCCCGAUAGCGCCGGGCCGGGGCCGGGCCGCGGCGGCCGCCGGCACAGCAGCUCCAGGAAGGGCAGGUUGCAGCAGGAUCCCCGGGGAAGGUGGCUGAAGCCAGCCAUCCUCCUCCUCCUCUCCGCCGCGGCCGGCGGCGGCCUCGUGGUCUGGAGCCGCCUCCCCACCCAGGAUGGGAUCCCCGAGGGUGAAAUCCCUGCAGAUGGGGUCACCGAGGUGCUGGCACAUCGCAGCGACAACCUGCGGGACAAGUUCAUCGAGAUCCCCUGCUCGGAGGACUACGACAGCCACAAACGAUUUGCAGGUUGCACUCCUAGGAAGUGUGGAAGAGGUGUGACAGAUGCUGUAAUCACAAGGGAAGAAGCUGAAAGAAUUCGUAGAAUAGCAGAGAGGGGACUGUCCUUGGGAGGAUCUGAUGGAGGGGCAUCAAUUUUGGACUUGCACUCCGGAGCUCUUUCCCUGGGGAAGCAUUUUGUUAAUCUGUACAGGUACUUUGGGGACAAAAUUCAAGACAUCUUCACAGAAGAGGAUUUUGCAUUAUACCGGGAUGUGAGGCACAGGAUUCAGCAGAGGAUUGCUCAGGUGUUUGGGAUCAGCUCUUCUGCCAUGUACCUGACCAAGCCGACGUUCUUCUCCAGGAUGAACAGCACGGGAGCCAAGACAACACACGAUGAGUACUGGCACCCACACGUGGACAAGGUGACUUAUGGCUCUUUUGACUACACUUCUCUGCUCUACCUCUCUGACUACUCCCAAGAUUUCGGCGGUGGACGUUUCGUGUUCAUGGAUGCAGAUUCCAACAAGACAGUGGAACCUCGAGCAGGCCGGGUGUCGUUUUUCACCUCUGGGUCAGAGAACCUGCACCGGGUGGAGAAGGUGCAGUGGGGCACUCGCUUCGCCAUCACCAUCUCCUUCACCUGCGACCCUGAGCACGGCAUCGGGGACCCGGCGCUGGGCUGACUGCUCCUGGCCAGGGCCUGGAGGAGAGCAGAAAGGAUCCAUCUCCUGGAACCUCACCUGCUCCUAGAACAGCCCAGCUGUGGGAACACGCCGCCACCCCCUUGGUUUUCACAUCUCCUUUUCCAUAAACGUUGCAAAUGGUGGAUUAAGGGCUGUCCUAAAUUCGAUGCGUUCUGAAAAUGGUUUGUCUUCGUGUGCCAAAGGAACAGGCUACAAAGAAGAGAGAAUGGGCUCCACGAAGAAGAGAAAGCGGGCUCUUCAUUUUUUCAAUACUUUUUAAAAAUUCUUCAGUUUGAAAGAGACAAAAAAUCUUUUGGGCCAUGCCCUGGCCUUGACUCCCUGGGUGCUGUUACCUGCUUCAGUUCUUUAGUCUCUUCAGUUACUGAUGUGUAGAAAUUCUGACCCAAAUUAAUUGAGCCAGGUGAGUGUUACUCUCUAAGAACACUCCUUCUGUUGAGAGGGAUGGAUCAUCCUGAGUGUGGGAUCAGUGGGGAAUACACCAGGGUUUGGCUACUGGGACUUGAACUUUUUUUAAAUUUAAUUACUACUGAUUGAAUAUUCAGGAAGUCCCUCAAGAGCUAUUUUUGGACUUCUCUUUUCCAGUUUAGCAUGAAGAUGUUUUCUGUUAAUAAGGACUACUGGUGUUUCCUGAAUAUUAAAUUGCAGGGACUUCCAAGAGGAGCUGUGUGCAUUGUAGCAAACACAUGCAUAAUCUUGCCAAAUGCUUCGGGAUUUUUACUGCAGUCAAAGAUUUCUUUGGGUCAAGAGGUUGAUAAAUAAACAGUAGAAAAACCUAAUUUUUUUUUCUCAAUCAAAUUCUGAAGUAACCAUGUUGAUUUGGUUUAUUACCUGGAUGUAUAAUUUCUAUGAAACACUGAAAAUCUGGGAAUGUGCUUCGAUUUUUAUUUUUCUUUUUAGUUUUAAGUUUGAAUUUUAAAAUGUACCCUUUUAUGGAAGUAAUAAGUAUUGGGAGGAAUUACACUGAAGAUCCAUAUAAAGAGGAAUGAUAAGAGGACACUUGGACUUGAGAGGGCUCUUAUUGGGCACACCAGCAAGAUGAGUCCUCUGUAAUUUCAUUUCUUUGUUCUGAAACCUGAAAAAGUCUUCCUUGUUCCUGCUGACAAGGGAGAAUUGUUAAAAUGGCUGGAUGCAAGGAAAUAAUAAAGUCAGUUGGGUUCCGUAUUGAAAUACUUGUCUUAAAGCCUGUUUAUUCUGAGGAAUUUGCAUUACACCAUGUUUUCAGUCCAUGUGAAGGCAGACCGAGAUCACCAGCAGCUUUACAGGAAUGAACUUGAUUCCUGCCAUUACCCUGAGAUUUAAAUGUAAGCUUUUCCCCAAAAAUCCCUGAUAGGAAUCUGAACAUGAAUGGAGCUCUAUCUGCUGGUUCCUCCUGUCGUGCCAGCUGUGAGUGGCACUUCUGGAACUGCCCUCUGUCAAAUCCUGCUCAACAAAAUCAUCUCAGACCGUGGGGGAAAUCUCAGCUCACCUCCUCUUGGCUUUUCCUCUUUUGAAGAUCCUGUGUCUUGUAAUAACUGCUGCCCGUGGUUCAUCUCCUGCUGGGAGCUGCUGGACGUUCAGAAAUGAAAUCGAGCUGGUAUUUAUCUGGUCAAUGUGAUCACCAAACCUGUCACCUGUAAUUUGUUGGGAAAUUGUGCACUGUACGUGGUAGGAGAGCUCUGGCUUUUUUCCAAAGAAAAUGUUUGGUAUGUUUUAGUGCUACUGAUAUUUUUCUGUUUCGAGCUUCCAAUAUGCAGCCUCCUAAAAGCAAUGCCUAGAUCUAGGGAAAAUUUCAAUGGCAAAUAAGGGAGUGAAGUGCAAUCUAAAAGUUUCUGAAGGUAGCCUCCAGCAGGAAGCUGUGACUGCAGAAUGCUCCUGGGGCAGAGUGGAAGAUGAAUUCACUGCUUAAUAGGAGCAAACUUGGUUUAAUUUAUUUUAGGCCACUUAAAUAUCCUGAAUAACUUUUUAUUGAGGGCCCCUCCGGAUAAGGACAUAUAACUGAACUUGCAAUAUAUUGAUUUCUGUCCUUCUUGAGGCUCAGCUGCCUGUUGCUACUGGGAACUGAUUCUUAGAACUCUGAGUACUCCAAGGGCAGGAUUUGUUGGAGUAGCCUGAAUGUGGUGCCAAGCUGCUGCAGAGAAGUGCUCUUAAUUGAACAGAGGUGAUGACAGAGCAGGGCUGGAGGUGUCCCAGUUGUGUGAGGACCUUUGGAAAGAGCCCUUGCACUUAAAAUAAAGAAAGGUCAGUGCUCUUGCAGUGUGAGCAGGGGCCGAGCCCUGAUGUUAAAAUUACAGCUUUGCACCUGGGAGCAGACUUGGUACAAGUGUCUGGGAAUGCUGGUUUGUAUUUUGAAAGGAAAUCACCUUUGAGCAAAGGGGAAGGCAAAAGUCCCAGAGUGGAAUGGUAAAUGCAGCAGGAGAGCAAGGCAGAUUUGACUCCCUGCAGUGAGAUUGAGUGGAGCCUCCUGGGGACUUCUGUGAAGUUGUGCUAUUAAAUCCAUAUUUCCAUUCAAAUGCUUUGUGGAAUAUCAGGAGCUUUUGAAAAAUUGACAGGUUUUGUGGUCAGAAAAAAAGUGUGUUUUGUGGUGUACACCUGCCUCUCAGUCCUGUAGCAUGCAUUAAUUUUUUAUUUUUUUUUUUAUCCCCUGUGAUUCAAGGAACUCUAGGUGGAUUCCUUGGCAUUUCUCAUGUAUAACAUUUUCAUUGUGUGAGCACUUGUGGAAUCAUUAUGGCUUUUAAUUCCCUGUAAGUCAGCUGAAGGUUUGGGAAGAUUUGUGUUGAGAUUUUCCUGGUAUGUAUCAUCCACCUGAAAUAUUCUGUGGUCCAUCUCAGUCCAUUUCAAAUCCAGAAAUGUUUACAAGGAUACCCUAUUUACAAAAAAGAUUUUAAUCUGGAUUUAGAGCAGAAAUUCAGCUUCAUGUCUUACUUAUUUUUAAUGUCAACAGCUGGGUGCUUUAGGGGGCUGUAGUACCUAAUAAAGUGCACAUUAAAAUAAAAGUGGCUGAAAAGGCAUUGAUGAUGACUCUGCUGCCAAAGAAAUCUGGUUUUGUUUCUUCAGUUGCAUUUCUUAGUAUUGCAUUGCUCCUUCACAGCUUUCCUUUCCCCAGUAAAUAAAGCUGAUACUGUUUUUAAUGUAA